CGUGUCUGCUUGAUUGGCGUCGUGUUCUCUGGUAGUCUGCUGCGGGACCAGGACAGACAGCUGAGGGGGGCCUGAAUGUCCAACCGGGACAGUCGGUGGACGACCACGAACUCACACGCACGAUUCACAGGUCUUCACAGUUGACUGAUGAGCAACCAGUAGGACUGGGGUUGGGCUACAGGCUGGAAGAAGAAGCAGGACUUGGAAAUGGUCACAGCUAUGGAGGACGCCUGUCCCAAUGGGGUACAGGAGGAGAAGGAAGAGAUGACGCCUCUGGGACAGUCUGGCAUUGAGGGGCCCCCAGCCACGCAGUCCCCACAGGGACCAGAUACAUCCAGAGCCAUGCAGCAGGUGUUGGAUAACGUGGGUGAGCUUCCCACCUCCACAGGCGCCAAAGACAUCGACCUGCUCUUCCUGCGCGGCAUCAUGGAAAGUCCCAUUGUUCACGAGCAGCUGGAGGAAGUGAAGCUGGAGGCAGUGCAGGACAACAAUGUGGAGCUGGUGACGGAGAUACUGGGUGACAUCAACAGUCUCAAGGUUAAAGACGACAGCGCGACCGAACUGUCCCGGAUCCUCCAGGAACCACACUUCCAGUCUCUUCUGGAAGCACAUGACAUGGUGGCCUCAAAGUGCUACGAAGUCCCACCCCCAACUGAGACAGCCAAUGAUGCGGCGGUGAACAGCGCUCUGAUGCAGGCUGACGCCGUGCGCAUGAUUGGCAUCCGAAAGAAGGCCGGAGAACCAUUGGGCGUGACAUUUCGUGUGGAGAAAGACGAUCUAGUCAUUGCUCGAAUCCUUCACGGCGGCAUGAUCGACAGGCAGGGUUUGCUCCAUGUGGGCGACAUAAUAAAGGAAGUGAAUGGGAAGGAUGUUGGCAACAACCCCACCGAACUGCAGGAGAUGCUCAAAGACUGCAGCGGAGGGAUCACGCUGAAAAUACUCCCGAGCUACCGAGAUGCCCCUGCACCUCCGCAGGUGUACGUGCGGCCCUACUUUGACUACGACCCCGCCAGCGACAACCUGAUCCCUUGUCGAGAGGCCGGGAUGGCUUUCAAGAAAGGCGACAUCCUUCAGAUUGUCAACAGAGAGGAUCCCAACUGGUGGCAGGCAUGUCAUGUGAUCGGCGGAGCUACGGGACUCAUACCCAGUCAGUUCUUGGAAGAGAAGAGGAAAGCUUUUGUCCCUCGAGACUUUGAUGGAUCAGGGAUCCUUUGCGGAACCAUAGCUGGAAAAAAGAAGAAGAAGAUGAUGUACCUGACAGCCAAGAAUGCAGAGUUUGACAGGCAUGAGCUGCAGAUCUAUGAAGAAGUGGCAAAGGUACCACCAUUUCAGAGGAAGACGCUGGUUCUGAUUGGUGCUCAGGGCGUGGGCCGACGCAGCCUGAAGAACCGACUGAUGAUCCUCCACCCCACGCGCUUUGGCACCACCAUACCAUACACUUCACGGCGGCCCCGUGACGAUGAGCUGAUCGGCAACUCCUACCACUUCACUUCAAGGACAGAGAUGGAGGUGGACGUGAAGGCAGGCCGCUUUCUGGAGCACGGCGAGUACGACGGCAACCUGUACGGCACCAAGAUUGAGUCCAUCCACGAGGUGGUGGCCACAGGACGUACCUGCAUCCUGGAUGUCAACCCACAGGCUCUGAAAGUACUGAAGACUGCGGAGUUCAUGCCUUAUGUGGUGUUCAUUGCGGCGCCAGAUUUUGAUACUCUCAAGGCCAUGCAUAAAGCUGUGGUGGACGCAGGCAUCACCACGAAGCAACUCACAGAUGUGGACCUGAGGAAGACAGUGGAUGAGAGCGCCCGGAUCCAGAGGGCAUACAGCCACUACUUCGACCUGACCAUUGUUAACGACAACCUGGACAAGGCCUUCGAGACGUUACAGGCCGCUGUGGAUCAACUGUGCAGUGAAACCCAGUGGGUCCCGGUGAACUGGGUGUACUGAAGACCAGCUGCAGUGCUCCGACUGACCACUCUGAGCGGGUCACACUGACCCACCAGCAUGUGUGUGUGUGUGUGUGCGUGUGUGUGUGUGUGUGUGCGUGCGUGUUUCUGACCACAAAGGCCAAAGAAGAGGAGAAGAGGGCACAGAUACUAAAGAUUUAAAAUUUUAAAAAAAAGUACUUGUCUAACUGCUUUUUCUCCUCUUGGGCCUGCACGUCGUGCAACCUUUUUUUCUACUCAAAACUCAAAGGGAAAGAGUGCUUAUUUAUUUUGUAACUUUUUAUGAAAGAUCUUUCUAUUCAAUGUGGAAUUCCAGUGAGAAUGAAACAAAAGAAAUCUGGUCACAUUACUUGGGCCAUAUUUUUGCAUUAAUUUAUUAUUGUAGUCACACGUCUUAUUUUGUAGCCGUUUCCCUUUGAUUUCACAUAUUUUUGUCAGUCUUUCUUCGUGGACAUCCAGGAUUUAUGGCCACCAUCUAAGCUCCAAUAUGAACACAAGUAAAGGACAACAAUUAGAAGAUCAUUGAGCAGAAACCUGAAGUUUCGAGUCAUGGCCAUGUCUGAGAAACCUGCGUAGCUGUUUUAUUUUCACAUCCAAACUUAAAUCUUUCAUGUUUUUACGUAGUCGGCCCUAAUCAGUUUCCUCCGCAGGAUCAGACACGUUUCAAAGGUUUGUGCACAAUUCCUCAUGUAUGUAAUGGAAAAACAAAUUUAUACUGUACUUUUUCAAGCUGAAACGUUGUAUUUGUUAAUUUUGUCUAGUUAUGUGUUGUCUUAUUCUAGGUUUUCAUCAGUGUGGUGAUGUAUAGAGUGUAGUGUUUUUGUCACACACAGUCCUUUGAUUUGUUUUUAAUGAUCCUGUUAACAGUCUGUCUGUCUGGAAUGUGACCUUUAACUUGGACCUUCAUCGUUACUGUCUACUUAAGCCAAUUUGUUAAUAUUUUCUACAUGUGAAUGUGGCACAAAGCCUCUCCCUCCUUAUGGUUCUUAUCUUCAGUGUUGCAGUAUGCCAAAGCCCUGAUCAUACUUAAAAUAAAGAUAGUAAAUAAAGAUGUUAGAUCUGAUUGGUAUUUCGACUACAGGCUGUAAUAUGAACCUGGAAUUUAACAUGACUUUGGAUGGUUAAUUGAUCGAGCAAAACCGGAAUUUACUAUAGCUCUACUGUUUUUCUUCAACUUGAAACAUUUUUCUUAAAACAAGUAGAAUACUUUAAAAUGAAUGCCGUUAAUUUGUCCUGAAACCUGUCUUGAACCUCAGAUUACAUUUAAAAACCCUAAUAAAUGACAUCUUAUGCA